UCAUGCCUUGCGACAAACACGUCACCAGUGUGAUGGUGGUUUCAAAGAUACUGGAAACUAACGCUCCUUCUUCUGUCUGUGGUGGUAUUGGGUGUGAUCCGCAGGGGGAACGCAGACCGAGGCGGAUUCAUUGAAGAUGGCAGACGAGGAGGACUCGGGGCCGGAGGCAGAGCCGGCUCCUUCCUCUCCCGCGGAGACCCCUCGUUCCGCCCGGCCUCACUACGUCUCGUUCUCCGAGAGCGUCCAGCCAGCGGUGGGCAUGAUGAGCCAGCUACUCAGCCAGCCUUCCUCCCUCAAAUUCGACAAGAACAUCAAACAGGCCUUCUACAACACAGGGGCGAUGAUUUUCGUGGCUAUCUGUUGCGGAGCGGCUGUGCUAGUCUUCUUUAUCCUGGAAGCCUUUCUGCGACCACUGCUCUGGGCCGUUCUCUGCGGGACCUUCCUCCACCCGUUCAAACACUCCCUAGCCCGGCUGGGCCGCUCCUGGCUCAACGGCCUGCAGGACACCGGGACGCCGAUACUCCUGGGGACGCUGCUGGUCCCCGUGUGGUGUUUCAACCACGGGGUGGAUUUCCUGGGGGGGCUGGUACUGGAGAGGCUCACGGUGCUGCUGGUGAUCGGGGCGGGCGCGCCCCUCAUCUACUUCUUUUACCUGUUCUGGAGCGUGAUUGGCAUGCAGGUGAUCAUCGGGCACGUGUGUGAUGUCAUCGGGGGCGCGCUGGACUGCUUCCACUCUGUGUGGGUGAUGACAGUGGUGUUGGGGUAUGUGCUGGCUGUAGCCUGCAAAUGGAGCCCUGUUACAGAGGGAUACCUGAGAACUAUGUCUGUACCUGUCUGGACAAUACUACUCUUCUACCUGGUGUCUCUGACUGGCUCGUGGAGAGUUCCUGUGUUUGUAAUCGUGGUCACGCUCCUCAUUGUGGGCUCUCAAGAGAAACCACCUGUCCCUGGCAACUCAGGUGAGCUGUCAGGACAGGUGUUGUCGUUCGCUGCUAACACCAUCUACAUGGCCAUCUCCUGCAGUAACCUCCGCCUGGGCCCCGAGAGAGAGACCAGCACCAGCAGUGGCUCCACAGAUGGGGUGGACUCUGUGGGACCUGGCCCAUCCUGUCCCCCCUCUGUCCUCCCGUUCCCCCGUCGGGCCCGUGCUGAGCUGGGGGGUCUCUUCCAAAAGGAGAAGGGGUCCCAAAGAGCCAGUGAUAUCUACUUUGUCCUGCUGGUCUGGGCUUUUGUACUGGUCCAAGUCUGGCUCAAUCUCUGGAUGCUACAACUACUGCCUAUCCCAGUGGCUGUGUGGGUGUUGAAGAAGCUGGUGGUACGUUUUGGUCUGAAGCGAUUCGCUGAGAAGACUCUGUCGUCAUGGUGGGUAGGACUGGAGAAGUUUGGCCGUGAGCGACAGGACGCCAUCAUGCCUGGACCAAUCAAAGGACUCGUUCAGUUCCUGCUACGCGUUGACACCAAGCUCUGGCAUUGGCUUAACAAGCAGAUGGUCAUAUGGUUGGAGCGCUCCCUGGAUAAACUAAUCAGUAUCUUCAUCAUCUUCCUGUUGGUGACAGGAACUCUGCUCAUGGGUCUCCUGCUCACUGCUAUGGUUCAUCAUGAAAGUGUUCAUAUCAUAGAGGUCACCAGUAACCUUAUCAAUGAGACUGUGUCCAACCAUCCAGAAUGGGCCAAUUGGCUCCCUGAGGCCCAGGUCAUCCAGAAAGCUAUGAACUCAGCUGCCACUAACGUCUACCAGCACGGUCGAGAAUGGAUAACAUUCAAGCUCCAUAAGAUGCUUGGUGAAAAGGGGAACCACACGGCUGUCAUAGAAAAGCAGGUUCUGGAACUGUGGGACAGACUGUACCACUCCUGGUUUGUCAAGAAUGUAACCCAUACGGGAGGGCGUAACCGUAGUGGUGGUCAGAAGCUUGUCCAGAGACAGAACAGCUGGCUGGGAGAGAUCUUAGACUGGCAGGACAUCGCCUCCUUCGCACAUGACAAUAUAGAAACACUUCUCUCUAUAGUGGAGUCUCUGUGGGUGGUGAUGAGUCGGAACGUUGGGCUGCUGAUCUCCACGACGACCACACUCCUCACUGUCCUCUUCCACAGCGGCACAGCUCUACUCAACUUCGCCCUCAGCCUGGUGAUAUUCCUGACCACGUUGUUCUACCUGCUGAGUUCCAGUGGAGAGUACUAUGAGCCUGUGAAAUGGGUGAUCAGCCUCACUCCUCUGUCCCAGCCCGGAGCAUCCUCUAACAUCAUAGGACAGUCUGUAGAGGAGGCCAUCAGGGGGGUGUUUGAUGCCUCUCUGAAGAUGGCAGGGUUCUAUGGUCUCUACACCUGGCUGACACACACCAUCUUCGGCAUCCACAUUGUCUUCAUCCCCUCUGCCCUGGCUGCUAUCCUGGGUGCGGUGCCGUUCCUGGGGACCUACUGGGCAGCUCUGCCCGCUGUGUGUGACCUGUGGCUGGCCCAGGGAGAGGGGGUCAAAGCCCUGCUACUGCUGGUCUUCCAUCUACUGCCCACCUACUUCGUAGACACAGCCAUCUACUCUGAUAUAUCAGGUGGUGGUCACCCGUAUCUGACUGGUCUAGCGGUGGCAGGCGGAGCAUACUAUCUGGGUCUGGAGGGGGCGAUCAUCGGUCCUAUCCUGCUCUGUAUCCUUGUGGUAGCCUCCAACAUCUACAGUGCCAUGCUGAUGAGUCCCACCUCUGCCCAGCCCACCCCUAUACAGUCUACCUGGCCACUACACCCUGCCAGGCCCUUCAUGGACACCACUCCCUCUGUGCUGAAGAGGGCGAGCGAGUGAGAGGGGGUGUGUCUCCUGGUUUCUCAUUGGCUGGGUGCCUGUCCCUUGGCUUCCCAUAGGCUGAUUACCUGGAGAAGCGCCCUUUCCUCCCCCGUGCUCCUCCCGAGCUCUACGGGGUCUCCCAGGCGGAGUGGCAGGGUGUGAGGGGAGGUUACCCACGAUGCCAUCUGCCUGAUAAAGCUACUUUCCAAACCAUGGAGGAGAGACCCUCCCCUCUCCCAACACAUAUAAGACCAUAGAAAAUAUUUAGAUUAUAAAUCAAAGCAAUGGUCCGCAAUAUGUAUAUUGGGCAUACCAUAUUUGAUAUUGAAUGUUUGAUGAAUUGAUGCUUAUCACAUCAUCUCGUGAAUGCGGUGCCUCUCUGUGUUGCACACAUGCAGCAAUGGCAAAGUGUAUUGUGCCGCCAUAAUGGAUGGGAACACGUGGAGUUUAGAACAAGGUCUGUUCUACCCAUUCUAUGUACACGUAUAAGUCCCCCCAGGACCAUAUCUGCAGACCUGCCUAAAGUGGGAUGUAUCUUACCCCCCCCUCCCCCAAUCCUUCUUACCCCCUCUACACGGCCGUUUGGGGCGGUUAAAGUUCAGAAUGGGCCACACGUUGUAAGGUGCAAUGGAACACCGAGUCAAUUAACUAACCCUGGUCCUGGAGAGCUACUGGGUGGGCAGGGUUUAGUUCCGGCCCAGCAUUAACACAUCUGGGUCCCCGAGUGGCGCAGUGGUCUAAGGCACUGCAGCGCAGUGUAAGCUGUGUCACUAGAGAUCCUGGUUCGAAUCC